GCCCCAAAGACUUUUAUUUUGGCGGGUGUUUCCCGUGAGAGCAGGGCGGAAGCAGAUUCCCGUAACGGAACUAUUAGAAAUCUGCGAUGAGUUUUGAGUGGCCCUGGCAGUAUAACUUUCCUCCGUUUUUCACACUCCAGCCCAAUGUUGACACGAGGCAGAAGCAGCUGGCGGCCUGGUGCUCCCUGGUUCUGUCCUUCUGCAGACAGAGCAAGCUCUACACCCUGGAUGUGCUGGAGGCGCAGGAGAGCCCGGUCUUCAACAACCACAAAAUCCAGCGAAAACUCUCAGUGGAAGCCAUACAAGUAGUUUUUGAAGAACUGAGAAAAAAAGGAAACCUGGAGUGGUUGGAUAAGAAUAAAUCCCGAUGUCUUGUAAUGUGGAGGAGACCGGAGGAGUGGGGGAAACUGGUUUAUCAGUGGGUUUCUAGAAAUGGCAUGAUCAACUCUGUGUUCACACUGUAUGAACUCUCUAACGGAGAUGACACCGAGAAGGAAGAGUUCCACGGGCUGGAGGACUGGAUGCUGCUGCGCUCUCUGCAGGCCCUGCAGGCCGAAGGCAAGGCUGAACUCAUCACGAUGGACGACGGGAAAGGGGUCAAGUUCUUUUGAAGCGGGCCCCGCGUCCUUCACUUUGGAUCUUUUCAGGCUCUAUACUUCACCAUUAUUUGGCAAACAUGAGCCCAAACUAAAUGAAAGGGUUGGAACAAGUUGUAGAAAGUGAAAGGAAUAUCAGCAUCUUAAUGCAGACCCAGAAUAAAUCAUGUUUUGUGUGUGUAUAUAUAUAUAUAUAUAUAUUUGUAUCCCUCUUCUGUAAUUGCUGUAAAUCCCGAAGGACUGUUCUGUGUAGAAACACAAAGCUGACGUGGCUCUUCUGGUCUCAGACGUGGUUUUAGUGAAGGUUCCUGAUGAGGAGGAAGUCAUAUCAAGGUUUUCCUGAAGUCUGGUGUCCUUCCCUCCUUCCUCCGCUCUCACCUUUUAUACCGAUGUCAGACUGUACAAAUAAAGCAGGGAGAUGUUUUGGAA